GGAGUUUUAGAACGAAGGCGAAGACGAUCGUUAGAUAAUAGGAAGACCAAGGGAAGAAGAACUGGGCGUUGCAGUACUCCAAUGGAGGAAGGAGAGGAGAGACCGAACUCACGAGAGGGAGCUAGAUCUCCACCACCGGUGCCCCCGGAGCAUCAGCAGGAUUACUGGGCUGACGAAGACCGCAUCAGGUCACUCUUGACGUUGUGCUAUGAUGAUGGAGUCUUCCCCACGGACCUGGAUCCAGGGGAAAUGACGGUUCGGGGUCGGGAGGCGAGUUUCACCUUAAAUACAUCGCUGGAUGAGAUUAAGGUCAAGUGGUUAAAGGAACGCACCGUUUCUGUGAUUUUUAAAGAGAACGCAAGGUUUCUACCGAAGAAGAUCAAGGACGAUACAAUCCGAGCUUACGAGGAUGGUUGGAUACUGGGAAGCACGACGUUUCCAACGGAGACCCGACGAGGCAGAGUCAAAGUGGAGGGCCCGAAUCCGGUCUUGUACGUGGCGAAGUCGAGGGAAGUCGCAGCAUACAUGAUCGACGAAGGGGGUGCUGAUAUUACGGUGAGAAAUGAGACGUAUAAAAUCUUGUUCAAGCCGUGGAUGACUCGGGCGGAGUUUAGAGAGCUCCGCAGGUUAGAGGAUGACAGAACCUUCUGGGUGAUAGCGGUGCAGAUCCCUCUGGACGACAUGUCGUUCAUCUAUGCCCAAAUAGAGAAGGCGAUCGACACAAUCCUGCUUGCUCACCCGCCGGACGUGGAUCCCGCGAGGCCGACCUUGGUGAAUGCAAAAUUUGACGUGGACCCUGAUGCGAGAGGUAACAUGAAGGACAAACUCUAGAUUAACACAACAUCUGGAGAUCGCCUGGAGGAGUAACUGGUUUGUUCCGGGUUGUUUGUGAGGAAUUCCCGGCCUCAUGAUAAUGGAUUCCUUACUUUUUCCCAAAAAAAAAAAAAAAAAAAAAAAGCAGCCCAGAUAAAUUCAAUCUUGUAUC